AUGCGUGCUCGCUCUCUCCUGCGGCAGCAGGCCUCAGCCGCGACGCUGCAACCCCUCCGCUCUAUUGUGGCCAUUGGGCUGCGUCAAGAGUUUGAGCCGCACUGGCCACUUCCGCUUCCGCCGCCGCUGCCGAUGCACAAGCGAAAGCAUACGCUGGUGCUGGACAUUGAUGAGACGCUCAUCCAUACGUACGCCAUGAGCCUUCAUGACAGCAGCAAGGAUAAAACCCGCGACCCAGCGUUGCAGGGUGUCUCCCUCAUCGACUACAAUGUGCUGCUUCGCCCGCAUCUGAAGGAGUUCCUGGAAGAGGUGAACCAACUCUUCGAGGUGGUCUUUUGGACGGCAGGGACCGCCUCGUACUGCUGCGCCGUGCUUGACGCGCUCGAGCAGCAGGUGAUGCAGCUGCCGCGCUCCUUCUACAGCCAUGUGGAGCUAGCCAAGGAAAGUCAUAAGAUGAAAAGCAGCACAAGCCACACAAACUUCUACGCCCUCUCACGCACACAGACGCUGGAGCAGCAAGGGUACAUGAAGUACCUUCCCAUGCUCGGGCGGAAGAUGAGCAGCGUCGUUAUGCUGGACGACAACGUGCGCAGCUUCCCACUCACGCCACGCAACGGCAUUCGCAUUGACCCCUUCGACCCUGACGACCGUGUGUUACAGCGUUACAUGUUCGCCCUGCGCCGGGUCCAGGAAGAGAAGCCGCAUGAGAUGGAAGACGCCCUGGUGCAGUGCCUGCAGCAGGGACAGCAAGAGGUUGCCCGUCUGGAGAAGGAUCGUGCCUUGCUGGAUGUGCUACCAGUGCUGCGAGCGGUGGCGCAGGUGCCCGCCGGCAAGGACGUGACAAAGGAGCUGGACCACUGGCGUGACCUCGAUUACGUCCGCUGCGACGACUUUAUGGAAACCAUGAAUGUGCGCUCCGCGGUGCGGCAGCAGAUACUCGGCGUCACGCUGGCCGAACGGCGCACCACACCGAUUCCGGCGCAGAAGCUGGGUUUCAUGAACAGCGGCUUUUUGGAAUCAGCGAACGCAGAGAUGACGCUGCACCACGCUCGUAGCGUGCGCCAUUCCAAUCUGUAG